AUGCCUCGGGGACAGAAGAGCAAGCUCCGUGCACGUGAGAAACGCCGCCAAGCACGCAUGGAGACCAAGGAUCUCGGGGAUGCUCAGGCUGCUGCCUCCCCCACCCCUACUUCUGGGAGUACACCCCCGGGCUCCCCCACUGCUGGUGCGGGCCAGAAUCCUCAGGGAGCUGCAGCCACUAGCUCUCCUAUUGCAGGGGCUUCACGCCCAAGAUCUAAAGCACAUGCCAGGUGCCAAGCUAUGCAACGUAGAAAUUCUUCCCAGGCCUCGACCCCUGCUAAGCCCGCUCCCCCAGAUCCUCUGACCAAGAAGGCAGGGGUGUUGAUACAUUUCCUGCUUCAGAAGUUUAAGAUGAAACAGCCCAUUAGGAAGAGAGAUAUGCUGAAGCUUUUUCCCAAAAGGUUCAAGACAUGCUUCCCCGAGAUCCUCAGGAGAGCAGCUGAGUGCAUGGAGCUGGCCUUUGGUCUUGAGUUGAAGGAAGUCAAGCCGAAUGGUCACUCCUAUACCCUGGUCAGCAAUCUAGGCCUCACCAAUGAUGGCAUGCUGAGCAGCAGCUGGGGGCUGCCGAAGAAUGGGCUUCUGAUGCCUCUGCUGAGUGUGAUCUUCCUGAAUGGCAACCGCGCCUCUGAGGCUGAUGUCUGGGAGUUCCUGAAUAUUCUAGGCAUCUAUGAUGGAAAGCAGCAUGUAAUCUUUGGGGAUCCCAGGAAGCUCAUCACGGAAGAGCUGGUGCAGCAGAAUUACCUGGUGUAUCGUCAGAUUCCCGACAGCGAUCCCCUGAGUUAUGAGUUCCUGUGGGGCCCAAGAGCCCAUGCUGAAACCAAUAAGAUGAAGGUUCUGGAGUUUUUGGCCAAGAUCGAUAGUACCAUCCCUAGUGCUUUCCCGUUCCAUUAUGCGGAAGCUUUGAGAGAAGAGGAAGAGAGAUCCCGAGGUAGAUCUCUAGUUAGGUCUCGUCCUGCUGCCAAGGCCAACCAGCCCAAGGUCCCACCCAGCAAUCCGUCCAGUGCCCAGUGA